UUGCAAGCCACUCUCCUGAAUUAAUAUGCGAGGCUUGCUGGAGCCGGGGAUACACGCUGCCUGGCCAGAGGAAUGCUUGGAGGAACGUAGCUUGAUCUCCCUCUUGUGGAAAAUUAUCGGAACUAAAUUCUUGUGAUACUAAAGAAGAAAAGUCCAGCAUCGGUGAACAAAUGAUGGCAGCACUUACUGUGCCACCUGAUGCUCUUGUCGUCCCUCAUGGAAAUGAAGAGAUGGACUCUCUGAUUGUACUGCAUUAUAAUUACACAGGGAAGUUUAUUUUAAGGGAAAAGGCAACUGAUAACAUAGACCUGCCCACUAUUGCAUUUCUGAUCCUGUGUAGUUUCAUAGUCCUGGAAAACUUGAUGGUGUUGAUUGCCAUAUGGAAAAACAAUAAAUUUCACAACCGCAUGUACUUUUUUAUUGGCAAUCUAGCUCUCUGUGAUCUUUUAGCCGGGAUUGUUUACAAAGUAAACAUUCUUAUGUCUGGGAAGAAAACUCUGAGCUUGUCCUCCACAAUCUGGUUUAUUAGGGAAGGCAGCAUGUUUGUUGCCCUGGGAGCGUCCACUUUCAGCUUACUAGCAAUAGCUAUUGAGCGGCAUUUGACCAUGAUUAAAAUGAGGCCUUACGAUGCAAAUAAAAAAUACAGAGUGUUCCUUCUCAUUGGUACAUGCUGGCUUAUUUCAAUUUCCUUGGGUGCCUUACCCAUCCUCGGCUGGAACUGUAUAAACAACUUACCAGAUUGCUCAAUGAUUUUGCCUCUAUACUCCAAGAAUUAUGUUGUGUUCUGCGUUAGUAUCUUCAUAGCCAUUUUGGUUGCCAUUGUCAUCCUUUAUGCCCGUAUCUACAUCCUGGUAAAGUCCAGCAGUCGUAAUGUCACUAACCACAGUAACUCGGAGCGGUCCAUGGCGCUCCUUAGGACUGUCGUGAUCGUUGUUAGUGUCUUCAUUGCCUGUUGGUCUCCUCUGUUCAUCCUGUUCCUCAUCGAUGUGGCCUGCAGAGUCAAGGAGUGCUCUAUCUUGUACAAAGCCAACUGGUUUAUUGCUCUGGCGGUCAUCAAUUCUGCAAUGAACCCCAUCAUCUACACUCUGGCCAGUAAGGAGAUGCGUCGGGCUUUCUUUCGCCUUGUUUGUGGCUGCCUGGUGAAAUCCAAGGUGGCCAGAUCUUUGCCUAUUCAGCCCACGCCAGAUCACAGUCGAAGUAAAUCCAGCAGCAGCAAUACCCAGAAGCCAAAGGAAGAUUUCCCACCGACGAAUGUUCCCUCGUGUAUCGCUGAGAAAAAUGAAUCUUCAUUUCACAACGGAAACUUCUGCACUACCACAGCAUGGGAUUGUGUUAGAAAUUCUCCCUGGGAAGAAUUUCAGCCAGUGGGACAAGAUCCCAUUUUCUGGCAAUGGGACCCUGCGCUCCUACCGUCUCCAGGCACUUUUGCAGACACAAGAGGGAAGAUACGGUACAACAAGGAUCAUGCUGAAGGGCAUAUCUCCAUUUAUACCUGACCCUGCCUUGGAUCUGGAAUGAAAGCCUGUUUAGUUCGGAAGACCUGGAGCCCCAGACUUACUCUUUUAAGAGGCUGUUCCAGAGAAACCUGUAUGAAAACAACUUUAUGGUUCAUCACUGCCUUACCAACCUCAGUACAGGAUGGUGUUCAGCAUCAAAGGGAUUCCCUGAGACCUAGAGCAGUUAAGACUUCAUGAACAUCUGGUUUCAAGUCCCCAUGGAAGUGGCCCGUGGUACGUCCAUCAAUAGUACUUCAUGGCUGGAGGCUUCAGUGGAGGUUGACAGGAAACUCUGAGACUAGUUCCCAUUGUCUUUCAGUAAGAAUGUAAGCAUCUAACUUUAUUGGGCUCUUUCAAAGAUUUGUGUUUAAUGUCUCAAACCACACCUUGCCUUAUGCACAAUCAGAAGUAGUUCAGGCUUUUUUAAUACACAGCCUGAAAGAGCUCAUCCUUAGCUUUACUCUGGUCUUAAUCAUUUAAAGCAGCAGCAUUAGACUCUUCCCAAGUAUGUACAGUGUAUAAGUUGUGUAAUGUGUGUAGCAAAAGCCUUUAAAAUGUAGAGGUUUGCAUUGUGAUUAUCUUUUACAAUUUAACAGUCUGCUUAUAAAUGUUUUAUGCUGUUAGAAAAGUGUAAGAACAAAGAAAAACUGUAUUUGAAUGAAAUAACUGUGAAAAAGAGUAGUAAAUAUGAAAUAAUUUCUACCAAAAAUGUUGAAAAGCAGUGCACUUAGAGAAGAAGAAAAAGCUAAACUAAGCUAAGCAUGAUAUAACUAUAUGAACUGCAAAUACAGGCUGGGUCAGCAGCUCUGUAGCUUUGUGAGAAAUAGAACUGGUGACAUUGCGUUGCCAUGGCUUGCUUAGGUUUUUAGAUCUUACAGUGCUAUUUGGCUGUAUUUUCAGUGUGGAAGUUCUCCCCUGAAGUUCUGUCUUUGAAAACUGUCAGCUAAAAUAUUUGUGUAGUUCUAAAUGUUAGUUCACGAGGUGGUGGCACGUGGCAGCAUUCCUUGCUAUUGUAGAGCAGAAAAGCCUUAGCAACACAACGGUUUGAGAAAACAUUGUGGCUACCCCACACCAACUCUCAUCUCAAGGAUGUUACAUGAUUCUCACUAUUUAGGUGAAAAAAUGAGUAUUUUUAAUAGCCAAAGUCCAAGAAUAUGCACAUAAAAGUGAGUUUUAACAUCUGGAUUCUAGCCUUAGCUAUUGUCAGAGUUGAUCCAAGGUACAAGUAAUGCAAGCAACUCCACUGUUGGAGGCCAUGUGAUUGUGUGUCAGUACAAAAACCUUUCACUCUUCUUUGAUUUUCUUCUCUUAUUUUGGAGCUGUGGGGAUAUUUUGUUAGUUCACUACCCUGCUGUACUUGAAGCAGGCUCCUAAGAUUCAUGGGUUCACUUGUAACACUGAUAAUAUAAUUUACAAAGUACUUAUGACUGAAGAGGAAAAAACUGUUGUGGAUACAGUCUUCAGUGGGUACAUCUCACUCGGACAUAUUAGGUAAAGCACAGAUUCUGGAAGAUUUCAGAGCAAAAUUUUAAAGUAGGGCAAGUCAAGGGCUUAACAGCAGUGGACUAUAAACAACAGGAAGAUGUCCUGUCCUUGAAGCUGGAAAAAGAUGGAGAAUAGCUUCUUUCACCCUAAAAUAUUAGAAAAUUCCUUAAAAUACAUCCCAGAAUCCAAGCUUUUUAUCAUCUAGGCUGAUUUGAACAUACAAGAAACUGAAUCAGGUCUCCCUUUCCCAAUUGGUUUUACGUGGAGCAAAAGCUACAAAGGAGAUUAACAAUUCAUUCAUAUUAUUUCAUUAAUUGGAAUAUUUAUUUUGGUUCUGGAUUACAAAAGAAAUGCAAAUCAAACCACCUAAGGAGAAAAAAAAGCUUUCACAAGAUGUUUUCCAAGAUUCUUUUACUGCCAACAGUUUUACAGAGUAUUUUCAACUCAUUAGGUACCAUAAACAUUUUGAAAACUUUUAAUUAAAUCUCAAACCUUUGAACCGAA